GCAUUAUGCUAGUUUUUUUUUUUUUUUUUUUUCUUAUUCAGACAUGUUUCCAGUUUCUUCGCUCAUUCAGCAUUUAGUUCAUAUUUUAGCUAGCUCUCAGCUCCAGCAUUUUUAGCUAACUGCUCUGGCGUCUUUAGCGGUCACGCUCAGCUUACAGCAUUCACACUUGCAUUAUUGCAGGUAGUGCAAUAUAUCGAGUUCAAUUUGUUUAGUUGUUUGUUUUAUUUAGAGUCUCUCCCCCUCAGAAAUCUUAAAGGUUUCCGCUGCAUUCAAAUGCACUUAAGGAAGUAAAGAGCUCCCGCCUCUUUCAACAGCAGCUGUUAAAACCACACAGAGCAGCUACAGUGCUGCUGAAGGUUCUUGCAGAACUAGAAUAGGGCUGAGGAACAACCUUCUUCUCAUCAUGAGAGCUCUUCGUUUACUCUUCGCCUGUGUGUUCAUGAUGCUGCUGAAGAUCUCAUCUUCUAAAGGGGUGAACCCGUGUUGUUACUUCCCCUGCCAAAACUCUGGGGUGUGCGUGCGGUUCGGCCUGCAGGACUACAGGUGUGACUGCACUCGCACAGGUUUCUAUGGAGACAACUGCACCACCCCUGAGUUGUGGACCAGAAUCCGCCUGGCGCUCAAACCCAGCCCGUCCACGGUCAACUUCCUGCUGACCCACUUCCAGUGGUUCUGGGACCUGGUCAACCGCUCCUUCCUCAGAGACUCCUUCAUGAAGCUGGUGCUGACAGUCAGAAGUGAUCUGGUUCCGAGCCCCCCCACCUACAACACCAAGUAUGGCUACCUGAGCUGGGAGGCGUACCACAACACCUCCUACUACACCCGGAUCCUCCCUCCUGUUCCUGCAGACUGCCCUGUGCCCAUGGGAACUAAAGGGAAACCCGUCCUUCCAGAUGUCAAGCUGUUGACCGAAAGAUUCUUCAGGAGGCAAAAGUUUCGUCCAGAUCCGCAAGGAACCAAUCUGAUGUUUGCCUUCAUGGCUCAACACUUCACCCACCAGUUCUUCAAGACCAACCGCAAAGCUGAAGGAGGUUUCACCAACGCUCUGGGACACGGGGUGGAUGCCAGCAAUAUUUAUGGAGAAGACCUCGACAGACAACAUCAACUUCGGCUUCACAAAGAUGGAAAACUAAAGUACCAGCUGGUGGACGGUGAGAUGUACCCCCCUACAGUUGCAGAGGUUCCCGUUCACAUGGUGUACCCCGACAGUCUACCCCCCGAGCAGCGCCUGGCCAUCGGACAGGAGGUGUUCGGCCUCCUGCCCGGCCUCACCAUGUACGCCACCAUCUGGCUGAGGGAGCACAACAGAGUCUGCGACAUCCUGAAGGCAGAACAUCCGACCUGGGAUGAUGAGCAGCUCUUCCAGACCUCCAGACUCAUCAUCAUUGUGUCCAUCUCAGGUCAGAUCAUCCGCAUAAUCAUAGAAGAGUAUGUGCAUCAUCUGAGCGGCUACCAUCUGAAGCUGAAGUUUGAGCCCUCACUGCUUUUCAACGUGCGUUUCGAGUACAGCAACCGCAUCGCCCUGGAGUUCUGUCACCUCUACCACUGGCACCCUCUGAUGCCAGACGCCUUCCUCAUCGACGGCGAUGAAAUCCCGCUAACCAGCUUCUUGUACAACACCUCCCUCCUCAUGCACUACGGUGUGGAGAAAAUGGUGGAAGGUUUCUCUCGACAGUCAGCAGGACAGAUCGGGGGAGGCCGUAACUCUCAUGAAGCUCUCCUGAAGGUGGCCCAGAUGGUGAUCAAAGAGUCCAGAAGCACUCGUGUGCAGCCUUUCAAUGAAUACAGGAAAAGGUUCAACUUGAAGCCGUACAAAUCCUUCCAGGAGUUCACAGAUGACAAAGAAAUGGCUGCAGGUUUAGAAGAGCUGUACGGUGACAUCGACGCUCUGGAGUUUUACCCCGGCGUCCUGCUGGAGAAAGCUCGAGCCAACGGGAUAUUCGGCGAGAGCAUGGUGGAGAUGGGCGCGCCCUUCUCCCUGAAGGGGCUGAUGGGAAAUCCCAUCUGCUCUCCACAGUACUGGAAGCCCAGCACCUUUGGAGGAGAGACAGGCUUCAACAUCGUCAAAACGUCCACUUUAAAGAAGCUCGUUUGUCUCAACACUAAGUGGUGUCCGUACGUGGCGUUCCACGUCCCACGAAACCAGGAGGCGGAAGGAGGAAAAACGAACACCGAACUCUGAGGAGGCGCCUCACCUGCUCAGAGGGAGGAAGGAUGAAUACUUGAUUUAAGGUCCAGACUGUUUACCUGUGAACAAAAAUGUUUCACCGUAAAUUUCUCUGGUCUUUUUAAAAACUUCUACCUGUUUACAUGCUUUUAUUUUGGUAAUUUCAGUUAAGUAUUGUUUGCUUUUAGUUUAUUUGUGUUAAGUUAGUAAUUAUUACUUUAUUUGAUGCAUUUUUAAUGUUUUUUGAAGCAUAAAGUUUCUCAGUUUGGACAAAAUGGAAAUGGAUCCAAGUGACAAUUAUUUAAAAGGAAUUAGCAUAUUUGAAACACUUUGUACAAGAAAUGUGAUGCGAAAGACGAAGCCGUUAAACUAAGACUGACUCCGUCUCUGUGGUUUGAUUAUGUCUCUUUUCCGGUUUCUCUGUGGUUUAGC